AACUGGAUAUACGAACUCGAUCUCAAAUGACAACAUGGAAACAAUCCCAGCGAAACAUCCAUCAAAACUACCCGGCAAAAAGGAAAAACGAAAUUCUUCCUUGUUUAAUUUGAGCCUUUAUAGUUUCUGUUUUCUUUAUUCUUCCUUAGGCAACCGCAUCUUCCUCCGCUUCCCUUUGGUUCCUUUUAUCCUUCAUCUCUUGGUUUCCCUUGUUCUUUGGUUGACCUUUUCGUUGGAUUGUUUAUCACCAUUGUUGUUCAUUUUUUUUAUGGAAUCAAUAAGGGGUAGAAAAAGGGGUGGUCGCAUUUUCUUGGAACAAACCAGCUCUGUUGGCCAAAAGUUCGGUAGGCUAAAGAAUUCAGUCUCUACGGAAGAAGAUUCCGGGGAUCGAAAGAGCAACACUCCCAAAAACAGCAGCCAAGAUUAUUCCUCAAUGGCUAUCGACGGUGGCGCCUCUCCCUACAAUGACUCGUCAUCAUCUCCUUUCAAAAAGUCCCCAUGGUCAUCUCACCUAGCCGGUAAUUGCAAUUCUUCUGCCGUUGAAGACUCCAACUUCUCUCCUAAUGUGCUGAUGGGGUCUUUGGUACGAGAGGAAGGGCAUAUAUAUUCCUUGGCGGCCUCUGGGGAUUUAUUAUAUACUGGUUCUGAUAGCAAGAACAUCAGAGUUUGGAGGAACCAGAAGGAGUAUUCAGGGUUUAAAUCGAACAGUGGAUUGGUGAAAACUAUAGUCAUUGCUGGAGAGAAGAUCUUUACGGGUCAUCAAGAUGGGAAGAUUCGAGUUUGGAAGAUUUCGAACAAAAACGCAAGUGUUCAUAAACGAGUUGGGACGCUACCAACUUUGAAAGACUAUUUGAGGAACUCCCUCAAGCCUAGUAGUUAUAUUGAAGUGAAAAAAAAUCGCAGCGCGAUAUGGCUCAAACAUUUGGAUGCUAUAUCUUGUCUUAGUUUGAAUGAAGACAAAACGUUGCUUUACUCGGCUUCUUGGGAUAAAACCUUCAAAGUUUGGAGAGUUUCGGAUUCAAAAUGUUUAGAAUCCAUUCAAUCUCAUGAUGAUGCAGUUAAUUCUGUUGUUGCAGGGUUUGAUGGGCUGGUGUUUACAGGUUCAGCUGAUGGAACAGUCAAGGUUUGGAGAAGAGAAUUGCAAGGAAAAGGAACUAAGCACUUCUUUUCUCAGACAUUGUUGAAGCAAGAAUGCGCUAUUACAGCAUUAGCAGUGAAUCCUGAAGCUACGUUUGUUUAUUGUGGCUCAUCGGAUGGGCUGGUCAACUUUUGGGAACGUGAAAAUCAUCUCUCUCACGGUGGCGUUAUGAGAGGCCAUAAGCUGGCUAUUCUGUGCUUGGUAGCAGCUGGGAACCUUGUAAUCAGUGGAUCAGCUGAUAUGGGAAUUUCCGUAUGGAAAAGAUCAGGCAGCGAGCAUUUGUGCUUGUCAAUGUUAACAGGCCAUAGCGGCCCUGUCAAGUGCUUGGCAAUAGAAAGAGAUCAUGAAUCAGCAUCUGGUGAAAAGCGGUGGAUUCUUUACAGUGGUAGCCUAGACAAGUCCGUGAAGAUGUGGCGCAUAUCGGAGCGAGCACCUCCAAUGAUGCAAAACCAGCACCAGCCUUAUUCAUCAGACAGCAAACGUGUGCCGACCUCAUUGACAGUGGCUCCUAGCUUCUCUUCUCAAGGCAGAAUUAGCCAGAGAAAGUACUAACGAAGAGUUUCAACCCUUGUGCUGGACUCAAUUUUGAUUCAUGACCUAAACUUUGCAUGGUCAUUUCAGGGAAUAGACCGAGGUUGUGAUAUUUCAUGUGUGAGUGUGACCAGGGACUUGAUUUGGAUUGUGAAUGCUACCAUCAUCUAUGUAUUCCUUUAGGCAUUGGGGAUGUUCAUACCAGAUUCAAUUGAUCCACCAAACGUACCAAAAUUGAAUUCAAUUUAUGUAUGUGCUUAGAAGCCUAUCACCUGUACGAUUGUUCCUGAAUCUUAACAGAAUUUCUUUCCUUGCGUGUCA